AAUGAGGGGCUAAAUGUUAUAGCAAACAAUUGUCAAUCGUUAGUGGUUAUAUUUCCUUCAACAAGUUCGUUAACAUUUGAGUAUAAAAAUAAUAAUAUCUAUGAUAAUGAACGAUUAUAAAUUUAUUAAUUUAUUAAAAUUAUAAAUGCCAUAUAGACUUGAAAAUUUAUUAAAUACAACAAUGGGUAAUGUUAAAUCGAAACGUAAGGAAAAAAAUGAAAAUAUAUAUAAAAAAAAUGAUAAAAAAAAAUCAAAUUUAUCACAAGAUUUAACAAAUGAUAGUUAUGAUAAAUGGUUAAAUGAUCCAGAUAUGAAAAUUUUACGUAAAACACUUGAACAUAAUCCGGAAAUUUUUAUAUUAAAUAAUCUUAUGAUGUGUGUACAAUUUUUCGAAAAUUUCGAUGAAGAAAUGAGAAUCAUUAGAGAAUCACCAGUAUCAUCAAGAGAAACAGAAUUUAAUUCUUGUCUACCAGUACAAAAACAUGCUCUUGUACCAGAUAUAUUACAAGAACAAGUUGCUAAAAAAAUUGAUUUUGCAUAUGCAAAACAUGAUAUAUUUUGUAUAGAACCACUUCAACAAAUACGUGUAUUUAUUGUUUUUGAUAAUGUUGAAGUAACUGAACAAAAUUAUGCAUCACCUUACAGUAGUAUGAAUGAAGCAUUAAUAUACAAUAUGCAAUUAAAACAAAGUGAGCAUAAAGGAUAUGUAAUGCUCCAGAGAUUAGAAGUUAAUCCCUCAAAAAAAAAAACAAACACAAAUCAUAAUGAUGCAAUAUACAGUGAUGAUAAUGAGAGUGUAUAUAGUACAAAUAAUAAAUCAACUAUUGAUACUGUAACAUCACAUCAAGAUAAGAAAUCAAGCGGAAGCGGAAGUUCAAGUUUACUUGAUGAAGAUAUUACAAAUUAUGAUUAUAAUAAUAAUAGCAGUUCAUAUAAUGAUAAAAUUGUACAAAAAUUAAUAAAAAAUAAUGAUACAAUAAAUAAUUCAUUAAUAAAAUCAAAUGAAUUAUCAACAUCAUCAUCAGAUAGUACAAGUUCUGGUUAUAGAUCAGGUAAUUAUACAAUUGACAGUGAUAGUGAUGGUAGUAAUUAUCCACAAAGUAGAAUAUAUAAUAAAACAAAAAUCUUAUCAUUAAAUGAUAAAAAAUUAAUAAUAAAUAAUAAUAUUAAUAAUUCAGAAAUACCAAAAAAUUGUUUUACACUUAUUGCUGAGGAUAAAAUAUAUAAUUGUAGAAAAGAUAGAAAACAAAAAUUCAAUAAUAAUAAUACAAAAGAAAAAAUAAUAAAAAGUGUAUUAUAUAAUAGAAAUUAUGGUGUACUUUGUUUAAAUAGUACAAAAUUUAUGAAUUGGUUUUAUGAUUUUUUUACAAAUGAAUUAUCUGAAAUAAUGGGAUUUAAUAAUAAUGAUCAAGAGCCAGAUGGUGCUGUUAUUUAUCGUGAUAAAUUAGAAAUAUUAGAUCCACCAGUAUUUAUGAAAGAUGAUAAUUUUGGAAUAAUACCAUGUAUAUGGUCAUCAUGGCCAUCAAUUGCAAAUGAAUGGCUUGAUAGAACAAGAGGUACAUGGCCAAGUGUUAAUAUUAUUGAAAAAAUACGUGAAUCUGGUUGUUAUAUUAUUCCUGAAGGUUAUUAUACAGAAAAUAUUAAUAAUAAUUUACAAAAUAUUGAAUGGGAAUUAACAUUUCCAGCAGCUGAAAGAUAUCUUGAGACAUCAAUGUCAUCAUCACAAACAAGAGUUUAUAUUAUAUCAUUAUUAUUACAAAAAACUUUUUUUAAACCAGUUAAUUCAAUCAUUGGAUUAACUGAUUUACAUAUUAAAAAUCAAUUAUUUUGGCUUAUUGAAGAGGAUGAUAGACAAUUAAAAUUUACAGAAAAUAGAACUGGUGAAUUUUUAUUAAAAUUAUUAAAUUCAUUGUAUAAAUCAAUAAGUCAAGAUGUACCAGUAUUACAAGAUUAUUUUAUAAAAGAUAAAAAUUUAUUUCAAGGUAAAAUAUAUUUAUUAAGAUCACAAAAACAAUUAAAAAGAAUUAUUGAAAAUCCAAUAAUGUAUAUUUUACAUGCAAUGCAAAAUAUUAGACAUAGUAAAAAAUUUUUUCCAAAAUUUGAUUGUGGAAAAUUAUUAAAAAUUUUAACUGAAGAUGUUCUAUUAUUAAUUAAUCCUCAAUUAGUUAAAAAAAAUAUAUCAAAAUCAAUGUCUAAAUUAAAUGAUAUAGAAAAAGAUUAUGAACAAACAACUGGCUUUUGGGGAUCAGCUAAACAAAUUAAUGAGAGUUCAAGAAUUUAUGGAAAAAAAACUAUUACAAAUAAAACAUUAAUUGAUGCUGAAACUUCUUAUGAUCAAGUUAUUGAAAUUGCGGUACGAUGUGCUGAAAUGGAACCAAGAAGAUUAAAUCUUCUUCUUGAUUUUUUCAUUAGUCAUUUUAUAAAAAUUGCUGAAUAUCAUCAUAACUACAAAUCAAUGAUACAAAAAAAUUUAUACAUUGAACAUGCAGAAAGAUUAGCUGUAUUAUUAUCAGAAAAUUCAAUAGAUAAAAAUGAUGCUAAAAUACAUUUAGAUAAAAUUAAAAUAAUGAAAGAAAAAUCAACAAAUACUAGAUUAAAAAUAAAUGCACCAAAAACACCUAAAAGAAAUAGUGAUCAACCAAUAUUUGUAACAACUCUUAAAGAUCGUUAUAAAAGUAUGGUUGAAUCUCAAAUAUCUCUGUCAAAUAUUGAAGAUUCUAAUUUACCAAAAAAUGAAAUACCACAAGAUGAUUUAUCAUUGAUUAAACAAAUUGAUUCUACAGUUCAAAAAAAACAUGUUACAAUGGCUAUUGUUCAUGAGGAUGAACUGGAAUCAUCUGAACAACGACAUCAAGAUAAAACAACAAGUGAAUUACCAAAUGUUAUAUCUUUAACAAAAUCUAAAGACUCAAUUCUCAAUGAAACUACAUAUAUUUAAAUGUUAAAAAAAUUAUAAAUAAUAAUCUUUAGUUAUUUAAUAUUAAUUUGCUUACCUCAACUCCAUGCUCAUUGUAAAAAUCAGCAGUUCCUAAGCUUGCAUAAAGUUUAUAUCCCAUUUUUUGUAAACUUUUCAUUGAUGGUAACAUUUCCAUUUUAUGCUGUAACAAAAAUAAAUUUAAAAAAAAACAUUAAUAAUGAUU